GUUGGCGCGCGUGUGCGGUGGGACAGGACACACUUCAGUAUAGAAAUGGCGCGAACAGGUGUUUCCCAUGAUAGGGGACUGCAGUGGGAACCAAUUGCUGUGGAAAGGUUCACCAACGGAACGUAAAUAAAGUAACAUUCAGUGGAACCGCUAAAUUUAACCAGGCUCAAAAGUGGUUGUCGUUGUUUUACUAUCAGGGUGUGUGGCCAUGACUCGGGGUAGGAGGACUAAGUUGGAGCCCUGGAUAGAGCAGGUCAUCCUGAGUUAUGGCACAGAGCCAAAGGAGGAGAAGAAGAACACUCUGAUGAAAGCGCAUGUUGUUGGGGUUGGCCGGAUGUCAGAGUCACAGGCCCGACAGACUGAGGGUUUGACAACGUUGCUGUUCCUCUCUGAUGGAGUGGUGCACAUCCCCACCAUACUGACCCAGGACGCCUGGGAGACUCUUCAGGAGCAGGAGGACCGUGAGUGCUUCUCCAGUCUCAUUAAUUGCACAGUGUGUGUGUAUUCAUACACCCUGCAGUUCAACAUGGACUCUGAACAGACAAAGAGCCAGUUUUACUUAUCGGUUGGUGAGCUGACCACCACAUCAGCUGGGGCUGCUAAAGACAACACCCCUUGCUGCACAUCGCUCAACUCAGUCAGACAAAAGAUCUGUACAACAUGGAGAUCCCUGCUUGCACAGGAUUCUGUCCAUACUCAGAACACCCAGUCUGAGUUCAGUCUGUCAGAGCUGCUGGGGGAGUGGCAGCAUGACUGGCGCCAGUCUCUGUUGGAGGAUGUGAUGGAACUCCUGAGGACACCCACAAACCCCACCUCCUCACAGCCCUCCACCUCCAACAACCUCACACACACUGGCACCAGAUGGGCUAUUGAAAGGUUCACAUAUAAGAGGGAGGAUACUUUCAAUGUCCCUGUGUCUCACCUACACAUCCCAGACAAUCUGAGUCAGAAACUACACGCACCCUCAGAAGACAACAGUGAAACGCAGAGUGGACUGGUCCCUCCAUCUGAAGACAGACCGACAGACCCACCAGAGACAGAUCAACCAAUCGUUGUUGCUGACAGCAGGCAGACUGACAGGCCAGUGCCUCUGGAGAGAAGACAUCCUACCCAUGAGCCCACACUUUCUCAGGAGAGUAUGGAUGGUGAGGUGGUGUCAGGGAGGACCGGAGGAGCAGUGGCGAGCCCAUGGGACAUGUUUGCACCAGCAGCUGAGCUUCUCAGGACCUCCUCUGCAUCUGACGAAUCCAUCACCUCGGAGCCCCUCCCCCUCCAGAAGAGCCAGUCUCUGCUUGACCCCACUCCACAAGCAGUCAAUCUUGCAACAUUUCCCCUGGCAACCAGCACCCAGGUGCCAUCCCUGACCCCUGGGGCCACCCAAAGGUCAGGCGAGCGCUCCCUUCCUCCUUAUCAAAAACCAGGCCCCUCCCACAGCCUACUCCCCUCCAGUGGCUCCUCCUCCACUGUGAGUCUAUCUACAAAGCACCAACACUCUGACAUGAAGCUCCACCAUAGUGGCUCAACCACAGCACAUCAACUUACAAUCACAGAGCAGGUGGAGGAAGAGGAGGAUGUUGUGAAGAGGUGGUGUAGGAAGGCUAAGAGGAAGAGUUCCGUGCAGACCUCUGAGGAUAAUGAUAUCACCUGGGAGGAGGAAGAUAUGCAGAAGAACCGUAGCCCGCCCUCCUGGAUGUUUGAAACUCAGGAGAUUCCCAGGAUUGGGGAGGGAAGCAGCUGCAAUCAGAACGCAGUUGCAGCAAUAGCCCCCCAGAGGCCCUCCAAUGUUCACAGUGAUGGCACUUUGUUCUCAUAUUCUUAUCAGCUGUGUGGCCGCAUUUCGAAGGAUCUAAGCCAUUUAAAGAUUCCUGAUGGCAUGUUGCACUGGGCUGUACGGUACCUGGUCCCUUCCAUGCAGACGGAGGUUGUCAAGGAUACACAGCUGCGACCCCAGUCUCACCCCAGUUGACAACCUCAGGUCAUCGCCCCCAUCUUCCCAUUGUGUUGAAUUCAUAGUGUACAGAGGCAGCGUUGUUUUUUUUGUGGAAUUUCUAUUGUUAUGUUUAUAUAACAUUCUGAAUAUUGAUAAAUAAAUAUACAUUAGUCAUUGAA